AUGAAUGUUGUACUCUUGCGCGCGCCAAAUCAGCGCUUUCUAUUCAGCACAGGCCUAUGCUUCCUUUUCCUAUUCCUUGUGGCGUUUCUGUAUGCCCCUGCAGGUCUCAGAUCAAAUCUGUUGCCAAAACAACCUGCCUUGAACAAUACAGUGCUGCCGUUGAAGUCAGAUCGUCACUGCGCUGCCAUCGCGGAUUCUCCAGAUGUCGUCGUUGUCGUGAAAACAGGGGCAAAUGUCAUUUAUGAUAGGCUCCCCACUCAGCUCUUGACGGCCUUGAAAUGCUGCAAAGACAUUCUCAUAUUCUCUGAUCUGGAGCAAGAACUUGGUCCGUACCAUGUCUAUGAUGUGCUCCAGGAUGUCAGCGACACCGUGAAACAGUCAAGCCCGGACUUCCACUACUAUCGGACCUUGCAAGAAUACCAGCGCAACGGCCUGGAUAUCCGAUCCCUGAGAACCACCGCCGGAGAUGCAGCCUGGAAUCUGGACAAAUACAAGUUCAUCCACAUGUUGGAAAAGUCGUGGCAACUGAGACCAGGCCAUGACUGGUACGUGUUUGUCGAGGCUGACACCUACCUGGUCUGGUCGAAUUUGUUGCUCUGGUUGAAGCGUCUCGAUCCAUCGGAACCCCUCUAUCUCGGAUCGCCAACAUAUGCCAAUUUCGAAGCAUUUGCACAUGGAGGAAGUGGCAUUAUCCUGUCCGGCGCCGCGAUAUCCAAAGUCCUCGAUAACGACCCGGACUUGGCGGCUCGUUAUGAUGUGUUGAUGAUGCAUGAACAUUUUGGUGAUUAUGUGCUCAUGAGGGCUCUCAAGGAAAAGGGCAUCGAACUCAGCAUGCGCUGGCCCAUGCUCCAAGCAGAAAGGCCGUCGACCAUCCCCUUCGGACCAGGGCCUGACAAUGGGGUUCGACAUUGGUGCCAGCCUAUUAUCACCAUGCAUGGUGUCACCCCAGGCGAAGUGGAUGCUAUUUGGCAAUUUGAGCAGCAACGGCUCGAUGUGACGAAACCCCUUCUCAUGUACGAACUUUACGACUACUUUGUGGACCGCAAUCUUACUACCGAGCGAGAUGACUGGUAUAACCUCUCGGACGAUGCCAUGUAUCGAGCGCCUGGGGUAAAGGGCGAUCGACAAAAACCCCAAGAAGAGAUGUCGGCUCUUGAAAAGCAAGCCUAUCGGUCAUUUGAGGACUGUGGCAGAGCUUGUGAAGAGCAUCCUCGAUGCUAUCAGUUCGUGUAUCACGACCAAGAAUGCGGUUUCUCCUUCUCUUACCGGCUAGGAAGAAGGCGACUGCCGGAAAAUGGGUCGGACAAGAGGUACAAAUCCGGAUGGCAUCUCGACAAAAUUGCGCGCGAUCAGGAGGCCAACUUCUGUCGUUCUCCGCAAUGGCUGUAA